AUGCUGAUCAGAUGGCGGUCACUUUGUGUGGUACUAAGCAUUGUGCAGUUAGGCCUAGCAGACAGCUCCUUGUCAUAUCAUCCUGAUUACAGCCGUCCAUCACUGGCAAAUACUAUAAUCAUAGCUGGUGCACUCUUAUCAUUGAUAAUUCUAUUGCUUGUUCUGCUUUUACUACUUAUCACAAGGCCAAAAGUAAUGAUAGAUCGAGGAGAGCCACUUUCUCAUAUUUCUCUCAGGAAACGUUGCAGUGCAGAAUUGAUACCAUGUAAGGAAAGUGAAGGCGAAAAAGUAGUUGAACUUCAUUCAUUGGAAAUGAGUAACAAGUCAACGGAAUCGAAAAGUGGAUCUGAAUGCGAGCCAGCGCAGACCAGUCCAAGCAAUGACGAAAUUCCAAAAUUGCCGACUCACAUGAUGAAUAUAGAAGGAGGAGAACCAGUGGUACUUUUCUUUAAAAAAGACGAACCGCAACAUGUUAUUUUGCCAGUUUACAUUGUGGUUAAGAACGAUGCAGUACCAAAGUCUAAAACUAGUAUAACUCUUGAUGAGGCCCUAGUAACACCCCCAACAUCGAGUACCCAAUUUUCUGUUUCGAAUCCUGCAUCAUUCAAGAGUUUGACAACUUGGGGUAGCGUUAAAGUUGCCAAAGAAAAUGCCAAAACAAGCACUACGAGAAGAAAAUGCACAGAACGCAUAAAGCCUUCUACUCCUUCAAGUACGUCUUCAACAGACAAAGGUGACUAA